CACCAACCACAACCACUACCAGACCUUCUUCUUCAACUUUCCUGACCUUCUUCUUGAAGCUACUCACGCGAGCUUCACCAACUUCUUCUCUUCAUCCGAGCUUCAGCAGGUUCUUCUCUUCAACUGAACCAUGAAUGGAUCAAAGGCCUCAUCAAGCAACAAAGGUGGUUGGAUUAGAUAUUCCAAGAAGUAUUGCUUCUGUCGAAAUGUAGCUGUUAUUAAGGUCGCAAUGACUGAGGAAAAUCGUAAUCGGUUGUUUUACCGUUGCAAACACGAGAAACCAGAAGAAAAUUGUGGAUUUUUUCUAUGUUGUGAACCUAUUGGAUGUGAAACAGAAACUACACAAAAGGUGGAUAGUAGAAUGAUGGAGAUUGAUGAUGAAUUGGAUGGUGCACUAGCUGAUCAAGCUUUGAAGUUUGAUGCUAUGAAGAAAGAACUUGAAGGUAAGUUGGCUGAGAUGAAAAAGGUAAUGGAGGAAGAGAUCGACACUGUGAAGAAGGAAUUUGGGUUGGAGAUUUUAAAAAUGAGUAAAAUCUUAGAAGCUCAAGUGCAUUUGGCCGACGAGGAAAACAAAGAAAAUUUGCUUGAAGUGAAAAAAAAUGUGGAUCUGGAAAUUGCCAUUUGUAAGAAGAUUGCCAUGGAGGAGUUGUUUUUAGUAAAAGAAAGUCUAGAUGAUGAGGUAUCUUUGCUGAAGGAAGAGGUAGGAUGGUCAAAUAGUUCAUUGUGGAAGCUGAAAUUGGUUGUGCUCAUGAUGAUGUUCAUGCUUGGUUGGCUGGUAUUCCUUAAAACUUGAGAAGAAUUACUUGGUUCAUGUUGUUCUGAAGAUGGAAUGGUAGAAGGGAAGUGAAACACGGUCGUGUCUAUAUUAUGCACGAUCGUGUGUGUAUUCAGAACAAAAAGAAGGAUUGAAGCCAGUGAAUUUGCGCACGACCGUGUCAUAAUAAAACACGGGCGUGCGUGAUGUUCAGGUCAAUUUAUUUGUACUUUCUUCAGUAUUUAGUUUAGGUUUUUAGUUAGUUAAGUAUGUUUAAUCUUGUAUUUGAUUAUGUUUAAUGGAGGUUAAGGAAUUAUCCAACUAUAUAUGAAUUAUUUUAUGUUGCAAGGCUGUCAAACAAAUUUAAGCUAUGAAAAUAAAAAUUGUAGAGGGAACUCUUUUGUCUGCUGGAUAAUUGCUUUGCUAUCAGAUUUGUACACUUUACUAGCUAGAUGUGAUGGGGGUACAGUAAAUGUACUUUUGGUUUUUUUUUUGGCAAAAUUCACUGACGGGGUUGAGUGUUUUGGUUGGUUUUUUGGCAAAAUUAACAGCUAGUAACAGCUAUGCCAGCUGUGGUGAUUUUUUUCUAAAUUAAUAUAAAUGUUGUACCAUAAGCAAAUUUCUGUCUUAA